GAAGUGACUCAGACACCUUCAUGGCCUCUAAAGAUGCACAUACCCCAAAAAGCAGAGGGCUGCCUCGUUUUCUUCCUGGAGCUCCAGACCCAGAGCAAAACCCUAAUCCAGGGAACCCAGAAUGGCAGCCAGGUCUCACUCCACCAAGAAGCUUCUUGCCAACAUUAGACCUGAUAAUUAUACACCAGCAGGUGGAGCUUCUUGGAAUGAUACUUGGCACUGAGACUUCUAACAAAUAUGAGAUUAAAAAUGGCUUGGGACAAAGAAUUUACUUUGCAGUGGAAGAAAGCAUUUGCUUCAAUCGUACUUUCUGUUCCACUCUGCGAUCCUGCACCCUGAGAAUCACAGAUAACUCAGGUCGAGAGGUGAUCACAGUAAACAGACCCUUGAGGUGUAAUAGCUGUUGGUGCCCUUGCUACCUGCAAGAGUUAGAAAUCCAAGUCCCUCCUGGUACUGUAGUUGGUUAUGUUGCUCAGAAGUGGGACCCCUUUCAACCCAAGUUCACAAUACAAAAUGCAAACAAAGAAGAUAUUUUGAAAAUUGUUGGUCCUUGCUCAACAUGUGGCUGUUUUGGAGAUGUGGAUUUUGAGGUGAAAACCAUGAAUGAAAAGCUUACCAUUGGGAAGAUUUCAAAGUACUGGUCAGGAUUUGUAAAUGAUGUCUUCACAAAUGCGGACAACUUUGGCAUCCAGGUUCCUGCAGACCUAGAUGUGACAGUCAAAGCAGCCAUGAUCGGUGCUUGUUUUCUCUUUGAUUUUAUGUACUUUGAACAUUCACUAGCUGGAUUGUAACAAGCAAGAUGAUGAAAACAAUAAAAUAUGCAGAAUAUAUUUCA